CUUUAGCUGAACACCAGUACGGUGAGAGAAAAGGCUCAAACCUCAGGCGUCCUCUGAAGACUCGCUCGCUAUACGUAAAAAAAAUGUCUGCCACCAGGUACCGUCGGUUCCUGAAGCUGUGCGAAGAGUGGCCGCGGGAUGAGACCAAGAAAGGCCGCGACCUGGGGACGUUUCUGCGGCAGAGAGUAGCCUCCGCCUUCCGGGAGGGUGAAAACACACAGAUCUCAGAUCCAGAGAAAUGUGAUCAGAUGUAUGAAAGUUUGGCUCAAAUUAACGGCAACGUGUACAGACAACGAUUUCCUCGUGUAAGAGACACAAGCUUUACCGGUGUGACGGUGGAGGAGUGUAAAGUUCUGUUGUCAGGGAGCGUGCAACAGAUGGACGAUGAAAAAAAGGGUCUUUGGAAGACGUUGAUGGAGAGAUUCUCCUCCAAAUCACCAGAAGAAGUUCCAGAGAAAUCUGCAGAAAAAUAACUCUUUUCUUAUUGUAUGUACAGAAAUACAACUUAUUGUUGGCA